AUGAGGGAUGAGUUAGAUGUGAGGAGCGACACGCAGAAACCACAGAAGCAACAACCCGGGACGAGGUGCUGGUCGCGAGCGCCGAGCAGCGAGGUGGAAGGAAGCCUGCGCGCACGUCCCGAGGGCCCUUCCCAGCAGCAACUGGAUCGAGCCGGUCCCGAACGGCAGGACCUACCGCGGGAAGGCUGGUCACCGCCUCCCAGCGCGGGCGUCGAGGAGCUCCCGGUGGCCGGCGCCGGUCCCGCGGCUCCCAGGGAGGGAGGAGGCACCUGCUCCGGAGUCGCCCUCCCCGCCGCAAGGAGUCAGCCGCGUCCGCCCCGCCGGUCGCCCUCUCCCGGCGGCACACCCCCCUGCCCGCCCCGGCCCGCCCCGGCCCCCGGGGCCGCUCACCUGAGCGAGCUGCCGGGAGUCCCGCCUGGACCCCGGUCGCCACGCGCGUCCCCGCCCUGCAGCGGCUCCUCGCCCGGUGCCGGGAGGCCGCCGGGUCUCCGCUCCCCCGCCGCAGGGGUCGCGGUGGGCGUGGCGGGCCGAGGUCGGAGCCUGGGAGGUCUCCGCCCGCUCCGCACAAAGCCCGCCCGGCGCCGCUGCAGCGCCGCGCCCGCUGUGUCCGCACCGCGCUCGGCGGGCAGCUCGCGGCCAGGCACAGGAAAUGACCUCAGCAGCCGCAGCCUCCCACCGCGGGGCGCGGCCGGGGCCCGCCGGGAGGGCUGCGCGCUGCGACCCCCGGACUGCGUGGGACGCCCCCCACCCGCCCCCCGGCGGGAUGCUCGGGAGACCGAACCCAACCCCCUGAAGGAGGGUCCAGCGAGAGUCCAGCGAGCCACCUGUAAGAAAGUACCACCUGGUUAUUGGGUCCGUCCGGCUGAUUUGUAG